AUGAUUACCACGGCCAGUUCUCAGGACCUCCCAGGUCCUCCGGUCCUCGCUGGCUUACCCAUGGAGAUCCUCCUCGACAUCUACCGACACCUCGACAUCGGCAGCAUCUAUCAACUGUCCCUCGCCAGCAAGUUCUUCCACGAGCUCUUCUCUAAUCAGAAGAUCGCCAUCCUCUUGCCAGCCCUGGUUCGCGAUUUCAGUCCACUGGAUGAGCUGCUACAAGUCUACACGGCGUCAGCAGACGACCUGGGGAGCACCUAUGGUGCCCUCUACAAACCCCGUCGUGUCGUCUUCAAACGUUUCGCCGGGGAUUCUGGCCUUAUUCUGGCGACGGGGCCGUCUACUUCAUCCCAGGGACAGCAGCAGCCGCCGCCGCAGCGUUCAUUCGCUAACGUCGUCAACGGCCGUAGGCCUGGUGGCUCGGCCAACCCAGCAUUCAGGACGGUCACCAUGUCCAGCAAGGAUAUCGCCCCCCUCCUCAAGCUCUGCCAGCUGGUUCUCAAAUGGGAGGAGCUCUUCCCGUCGAUGCGGUGGUUCUACCAGCCCGAGAGCUGCCGAAGUUUAAGGCAGCACGAAAAGGAGCGAUUUCGCCGGGCCUUUUACUGUUGGUGGUUGUACGGCAUUUACUUCCACGGCAACUUUCCAAGGCCACGCAUCGGGCUUCCUGAGCCGCACGCGGACGACAUCAGGACGAGCCUGCUGCGGUAUCGCUCGACCAGCGAGCUGCUCGAGUUAAUGGAUCUGGUGGAGACGAUGAAGGACGUGAUUCUGCACUACAUCUGCCCGAGGCUAGACCCUAACCAGCAGAGCCAUGCAAUGCAAGACCAGCCUGUUCUGAUUGACAGCGUCGACCGAGGCCAGUCUCUGUCAGAGAGCUGGGACGACCAGAGCAGAUGGAGUAGGAUCGUCAAAACGUACGUCAAGCUCGGGCCCCGGGAGCUGAUGUACUACUUCGAGAACAUCUACAGCUACCCCCGAAAACGUCUCAUCAGCGAAAUCCAGCUGCACCACCCGACUCUUUGCUCUGAUCAGGAGUCGAUCCAAGUGGCGGUACGGUGCGUCUUGGACGAGCGACAAUGGCUCGACAAGGUCAUCAGCCUGGCCGAAGAUCGGGCCGGCGGAGUGAUUGACUUUGACGACGAGCGUGACGGGGAGAGGGUGACGUACGGCAACGACGGCAGCCCAGAUGGAUCUCUCCCUGACGGCGCCAAGUUUAUCAGGUCGCAUUCGCAGUACUCUCCACGGGGUGACGAUGGAUCGUGUCUGGAGGAUGUGUACUAUCGCCAUGCUGCCCUAGACAGAGGGCCGGCAGUUGCAUCGCCAUUCUCCAUUGGGACGAGGUAG